AUGCCGGCACGUACUCUUCCCUACAUCGUCCAAACGUUUCACUCCGCUCGAGACCUCCCUGUGGAAGUAUGGGACUGCUUUUCCAAGAACCCGCGGCCCUCCAACAUCAUGUUUCCGCAUGCGGAGAAGUCGCGAGACAAGGAUCGAGGGGGAGAUUCCAACGUCGCGAACGAUGUGUACAUCGUUUGCAUGACACAACGGCCUGGGGAGGCUUUACUCUGUAUGGAUCUUGUACUGUCCUGCGCUCAAGGACCACUUGGCGCAUACCCCGUGUUCAUCUUCACCCCCAUCCCAUAUCGCCAGAUUCAAAAGGAUUAUAUCAUGCCCAGACUCCUUGGGAUGAUUAGCGCUCUCCAGGAGAGCGUACCUCCCGAACGUGUUUUUUCCGUCUUCGCUCCUGAAUACAUCGCUGAAUCAUUCGCAUCCAUUUGGACGCAACGGACGGGGAUCCGUUUGGAUGUUGACUGCGAGUACUAUGCGGCGAAGUUCACGUUCUGUACUCGGAAGUCGUUCAGACCUCGUCGGGCUACUUUGCUCCCAAAUCUGUCGUACCAACUACGGCCCGCGAUUGAAGCGGAUAUACCCAAUGUUGUCCCUCUUUGUUACGGAUUUGCAGUUGCCUCGGAACCAUUUGUUCUGAAUUUAGAAGGAGCGGAGAGGGAAGCGGCCUUGCUUGUCCGCAACGGACAGCUGUGGGUUCACGAGAUCUGCGCUCCCGGGCAACCCGCGGAAAUAGCCUCUAUCGUCGCUGUCACCCGGACGAGCGACACCGUGGCCGCUAUCACCAAGGUGUAUACAAACCCCCGAUGGAGACAACGCGGUUGCGCGGAGCGUCUCACGCGUCGCGUGUGCGAACACUUUCUCAAGACGAAGGAUAGCGUCGUUCUUUAUGUCGCUCACAAUAAUCCGGCGGCGGCGAAGGUGUACCAUCGAGUCGGAUUCGUCGGUCUGGGUCCCGAAUCGGAGCCUGCGGAAGGAGCGGAUUCAUGGCUUGAGCUUGGGUUCGACCGGAACAUGGUGACUCUGGGACACUGGUAG